AUGGACUUGACGCCAAUCAAAGUCGCUGCCGUUAUUCUGGAACGUCAUGGCAUUUCAAUGUGCAUUGUGGGUGAGCUUGCACUGAACUAUUACAACGUUCCCCGCGUUUGUCAUGUUAGUCGUCCCGUUUGUUCGACGCGUUCUUCUAUCGCUGACGACAAUCAGGAUCUGGAGAUAUGUGUGCCCAAGUCCAGCUCUCGGGUAGCACUCAACCUUCUAUGCUCCACGGGUCUCUUCAGUUAUUGUGAGCUGGACGGUGACUUCAACAACUUCACAGAGUAUAAGCGUAAUGUCCCACGGGUACGGACCACGGGCUGGUGCCCGCCGCAGACUAUAGUCAUAUUUACUGCCGCCUUCUUCGGCUUUGACUCUAUCGAGAACAUCCUCAUAUCGCCCAUGAAUGAAGGGGAUACUUACUUCAGCAAAGAGAUGCAGCUGAAUCGGGAGGAUAUUACCAACCUGCAUUUACCUCGCCUAGCACCUCUUCUCAAGGGCCUGGCAAGGAGAUUUUUGGAUACCAAGGAUGACGUAGCCAUGAUAGCAGUCGAGCAGCUCGUUGAUGGCAUGGACAUAGAUGAAGCUUGGGUUGAAAGACACCUUGGAGGCUCCGAUGCUGCUCUUCUGGAUCUAGUCAAGAGCCAGAUCAGGAGCAAGAAGUCGAGGAUAGAUUACUACACGGACAACAAAAUCACCUGUUUUGUUUCCGACCAAGAGGAGGCCGAGAAGAUACGACUAAUCCCUGCGUUUGAAUGA